CUGUCUUCAUUUUUUUGCAGGUUUCACAUAAACUGUUUACCAGUCAUGCCUCUUCAUGUCCUGUACCUAAGCUGAUAAAGCAUCUAUGCACUUUAAUCUCAAGUCUAUGCCGAUCUUCUAGUACGGUGUGAGCUGUGCCUUGAACCUUGGAUAUAAAGACCUACCAGCCAAAGUCUUGUUCCUGCCUUAGUAAUGUUCCAGAGGUUAAAUAACAUGCUCAUGGGAGAGAUUAAUAGCUUGUCCAGCCAAGAGCCAGAGUUCAGUGAGAAAGAAGAUGACGAGUGGAUUCUGGUUGACUUCAUAGCAGACACUUGCACUAAUUGCUCCGUGGAAGAAGCGGACAUCGCUGAAGCAUCGCCCGCGGAUGGCUCACCUGUCUUCUCUUGUUUACCGUCUCCCCUGGAACACUUGCCGGAGGCCAGCGAGUCUUGCUUCAUCCAGUUUGAGUCAUGCCCCAUGGAGGAGAGCUGGUUUAUCACCCCUCCCCCAUGUUUUACUGCAGGUGGAUUAACCACUCUCAAAGUGGAAACCAGUCCGAUGGAGAACCUCCUAAUAGAGCAUCCCAGCAUGUCUGUGUAUGCUGUCCACAAUACCUGUCACAGCCUUAAUGAGACUGGAUGCGGAGACGAGGAGUUUCACAGCCCAGGUAGCCCCAGACUGGAGGCCCGAAAUGAAACGGGACAACGUGUUCACUGCUAUGUCACAGCUCUUGCUACUCGUUCAACUUUUCUGGAAAAAAACAAGAGCUUUCGUCCUACCCACUGGAUAAAAGAACAUAAUGGAAGACACUAUCUCAACAGAAACGGUCUCCGUCGCCAAAACCUCACCAGGGAUUGCCACUCUCGGCAAAUCAAGCACAACGGACUGUUUGUUCACCAGCCUUGCCAGCGUCAGUUCAAUUACUGAUGGCUCUUGUGGUUUUAAUCUAUAGUCUAAUUGUUUUUAGGUUGCUCUUGUUUUCAUGCAUAGGUAAGUGUGGUCAAUCUGAAGCUGAUCAUCAGUCCCUCAAACACAAUCGUAACUAGUGUUGUGUUCUUUUGAAAUGACACACAAAUAUCUGAACAUCUUGCAGCAAGUCCUAAACAUUGGUGUUAAAAAUCAAUGUCUUGGAAGCCUAUCAGUAUGAUAGUUUGUGUGCUGUUUUGUAAACUAUGAUGUAUAGAUGGUUUCUUAGUUGGUAUUUUAAAGAAACUUAACUGAGAUGGAAAUCGGUUACAUUUUGCAUUAAUCAAAGUGGAGUUAGAAAAAAUUGAGGUUAGCCGUGUGCUUUAAAGACCAGUACUUGACAGCUUGUGUAUCUGUCUAUAUUCAGCAUAUAUGAUUAGUUUCUAACGAGGAAAUACUAUAGCUGCCGGUGGAUAUUACAUAGCUGUGCUGAACUGUUACAAGAAGGACAUCUAAUCUAAAUUGCCUAGUACCUGCUUGUGUUAGUGGAGUUUGUGUAGGUGUGUUGGGUACUUAACAUGGGUGUAAAAGGGUUAAAUGUCCCCCGAAUAUUGUUGCAGUAUGAUAUGGCACUGGUGUUACAGAUGUAGUACCUCACAGUGGAGUGGAAGGAAAAGUGUACCUAUGGGUGAAGUGCAGUAGCACAACCCAGAGAGCUGAACUGGGUUUUACUUGGUACAGUUCGAGUUCUUACUCCCUUUCUCUUAACUCUUUCUGUCUUUGAAAGAUGUGUUUCCCCAUCCCUAUUUCAUUUAAUCUCUUGUCUAGUGAAAGGAAAAAGAUGGUGGAUUGGCCAUUCUUUUAAUCCCAUCAGUAGCUGACUGCUCUUUAAAGAAAUCAGGCUGAUGGAUAGCUAUUUCUGAGCUGCUAAUUGCUGUUAGAUUUUUUUUCAUAUUUACAGAUUGAGAGUAGCUUGAAAGUAGCUAGAAGGAAGGUUUUGCCAGAAGUACUCCUAAACUUCCUCUCUUUCUCUUGCUACAAAAAUGAAGUCUGAGUUAAUUGUGACUGGAAAUGAAGGGCGGUGUGUGGCAGGGAGAAGAGUAAGCCUGUUUUUCAGCAUAUAGAAAUAAACACAAUAACAGGGUGUAUAAAAAUUGAGAUGGAUCAACGGUGGUUGUUUUCCUAGCCCGUUGGGGCAGAAGGACUGGAUAACAAUUCUGUGGGCCAACAGGAGAGAAAAGCCAUUCAAAACUAACAAGUCAUUUUCUUAAGAUCACUGUGCGAGAUGUUUUUUGGAAGUUGGCAGGCACUUAAAAAAAAAA